GUAAUUUCUAUUUAGAUAGGGGCAACUGAUGCCUGGAGAAAAAAAAAAUAGCGGUAAAACCACAUAGGUGUCUGACUUAAAAUGUGGCCAUAUUUUUCAUAUCUCUUCAAUGGUUUUAAGUUUGUACCUUACUGGUUUGAAGUAGGUCCUAGGAUAACUUUUUAAGUAGUUCAAACCACGGUAAUAAACUCAGGUCAAGACACAUAUCCUCCUAGCUGUGAGCCACAACAGCUGUGGGUCAAAAGCCUGCCUGCCCCCAGCCCUCAGCCAGUAUCGGGGCCACAAUUUGCUGCACCUACAAUCCCACAGCUACUGGGGCUCCCGACUUUCCAGCCACGCAGUGCAACUGCCCUUCUCACCUCACAGAAUCACAGAAUUGUUAGGAAGUCAUCUAGUCCAAUCCCCCUGCCAACGCAGGGUCAUCUAGAGCAGGCGUGUUGGGGGUUAGGUUUCUUUUCUUUUGUUCCUUCUUACCUAUAGAAUUUUUCCCGUGAGUUGCUGGGAAACACUGACUGCUGGUACUUACGGGUUCUUGAGAAAAUGAAGAGUUGGCUGGGCUCAGGUAAAAGGAGGGUGGGGGGCAGCUACUACCUCUCUCACGCUGCAGUUUCAGAUAAAGGACAUUCAUUGUUGCUUGGGAAAAGGAAUAUGCCAUAACCCAUCCCAGAGCUGCUUUUUCUUCUGUGAGGUGGGCUCACAGAAGCUCGUGAGAGCAGACACUGACCUGGGACCUUAUUAACACCUACAUCACUAAAAGAGGGACCUAUCACCAUCUGCUCGGGUACCCGGGAAUCCUGAGCCCACCUGUCCCUCCCCUGCUCAGAGCCAGCCAUCGCUGCCCCAGCCCCGCCGCUUCUUCAGCACCGCUCUGGGUUUCUCCAUGCUGUAGCCCCGCACCGCCCUGCCCUGUUGGGACGUCCAGCAGUUCCAACUACUGCCGCAAAGUUUCUGAUACAUCUCGCCCACCAGACCGGGAUAUUUUGCUCAUUCCUGCCGUUCCUUCUUAGUGCUCUUCCGAGUCCUGCAGGGGCAGAGCGACUGCCCCAGGGCUUUGUGAAGCAAAGCAUCUCCUCCCUCCUUUCCCGUCUCGGCCGAGAAGGCUGUCACGAAGUCCCUGGUUCUGUUUGUUAUUGAUUCCAUAGUUGCUAUUGUUUUUGUUUGCCUUGUUAUACAUACUAGUAAAGAACUGUUAUUCCUAUCCUCAUAUGUUUGCCCGAGAGACCCUUAAUUACAAUAAUUCGGAGGGAAGGAAGGGAUUUACAUUCUCCAAUCUAAGGGAGGGUCCUACCUUCCUUAGCAGACAUCUAUCUUUCAAACCGAGACAAGGUGACACAGGAACGUGUCCAGGUGGGUUUCGAGUGUCUCCAAAGACGGAGAUUCCAUGACUCCCUGGACAACCUGUUCCAGUGCUCUGCCACCCUCAACGUAAAGACUUUCUUCCUCAUGUGGAGGUGGAACUUCUUGUGUUUUAGUUCGUGGUCAUUUCUCCUUGUUCUGUCGCUGGGUACCACUGAAAAGAAUCUGGUACCAUCCUCCUCUUAGCAGCUUCUUGCCCUCGUCACGAGGCGAGGCAGACCUCGUACCUUUUCACGGCAAAUCCCUUCUCCCUUUUAGCAGCAGGCCGCCCGGGUUCGCACACCCCGCUCGCGGCUGGGCGGUGCCGCCCCGGACCUCGCUCGCCGGCCUAUCCCCGCGCGGUGCCCAGUAGAGCUGCCCGGCGGAGGGCGGCUGUCCAGCGGCUGCAUCCAGGUGCCUCCCCCCGCGAACGCCUCCUCCAACCCCUUUUGUGUCGCUGCCACGCCGCCGCCGAGCUUCCUGCUGGCGCCGGAGAGCCGCGGUUGGGCAGGCAAGGCCGCCUCUCGUCCUGCCUCACCUCGCCGACAGCAGUGCGGAGCAGUCUCCGGAAGAAGCGCGGCGAAGAGGGCGCAGGUACGGGACGGGCCCGGCGGCCAGGAGGGCGGGGAGGCCGCGUCAAGAAGAGUGUGCCGACCAUGGCCGUCCUCGCUUCUUGAAUGCUGCUAACUGCCCCUCCGCCGCCGAUGGCCGAAGCCUGGAGGCUGGAGGAGGACGAGGAGGAGCUGCGGGAGCUUGGCAGGAGACACCGGAGGGUCGCGCUGAGCUCGGCGGCAGAUUGCUCAGAAAGAAAUAAACCAGACUGCCGCUCUUCAGGCCAAGGACCUUUGUCAUCCAUAAGAGCAGCAAUCAAGAGAUCUUCUCGGACCUCUAACCAUAGUGAUCAACAGAGGGAUAGAAGACGUCCUGAAAUUACAAUAGUUGCUGCUGAACCCCUCCGGCCAUCCUCCUGGUUUCCAGGUGCAAGUCCUGUCACUCCUCAAGGAUUAGCAUUCCCUUGUGCUUCAUCUCAUGCUCAGUGGAGGAGAAAUGAGUAUCUUCCAGCUGAGCUUCCGCCAUCAUACGAGCAGGUGAUAAAAGAAAUUAAUCGAGUGCAAGUCAAUACAACAAAUAACAAUAAUGCUGCUGCUUCUAGACAAACCGCUACUUCUGCAACACAAACUGACUUUCCAGAGGAGCUAAUCAACCAUUUUCUAGGAAGUAAUGUAAAAACUAGUGUGUCUACACACUGGGAAUCAGGCUGUCGAGCAGGGCUGAGUCCUCUUAAACCUUCUAGGCCUCCUGCAUCUCUUCUGAGUAGCUUUCCUGCAGAACAUGAGCAUCCUUUAAUGGUCUUUGAAAAUCAUGAUGAUCAGAGUUGCCAAGAAAAUUCCAAUGCUGGGAUAUAUCCUGUGCCAAAGCCAAGAUCAAGAAGCAAUCUCAGACCUGUGGUGAAAAGUACUGAAAGUAAGACAGACAGUGGGGAAGAAGUAAACCAGUGUACUGCAAAACAGCAACAGCCUCCAGUUCAGCAGUCGCCUCUUCCAGAUGAAGGCAGCUUACUAGACAAUCACUUGGUGAUGGACAGUAUGAGUACAGAAAGGAGUCAAAAUAGUAUUGUUUCAAGGAUCAAAGUUUUUGAAUCCCAAGGCACUAAUGAUACCUCAGGAUCAUCCAAAAAGCCAGAAGUUGCACCUCGUUCAUUUGUCCCAAGAUCUGUUGCUACAAAGAAUCCAGUGAUUGCUCCAAAGCCAGGGGUGGGCAGAAUUUCGGAUGAGUGGAAUGCAUGGACUGAAAGCAAAUCAACACCUGCCAAAGAAUUGCAGCCUCAGCCUGAAAUAGUUGGGAGCAGUGUUGUAACCAAACCUGAACUGCCAAAGAAGCCAAAACCCAGCCUUGUUGAAAGUGGCAGUAGUGAUUUUCUUGAUGCAAGGAGUGGAUCAGUUGCAGAAAACAGCAAUGGACAGAAGAGAUUUCCUGUUCCUGCUCCAAGGCCUCUUGUUCCUAAAAAGUCAUUUUACUCAGAAGAUCUUGCACUUUCUUUGAUGUCACUAAAACCAGUUGCUGCUCCUCCACGGCCUUCUCUAUCUGCCCAAGAAAAAGUUUUAAUGUCUCUAGGGGAAUUGUCCCUUGCAGCCAGCUCCUCAGCACCUGCUUUGCAAAAUAAACUAGAUGUAGAAGGAGAUCUGAUCAGUUUUGAUGAUGAUGUUUUGCCACUAAGUCCAGCUUCUGUAGUUAAAGAUGGCAUCAGUUCUGAAAAUGUAGGAGAUCCAUUUCAGUUCCUCACCAAAAAUGAACCUUCCAAGGAACGGAUGGCUCAACCAGCUUUAGCUCGGAAACCCACUGUGAUCCGAAUCCCAGCUGAACCUGGGAAAUUUUUAAAUGACAUCCCACAUAGCCCUCCACCACUUCCUGCUGAAAAGCCUAUUGGGAACGCAUCCAGUAUCACAGUGGGAAAACCCAGCAGUGGUGCCCUAGUGAAAAAAGGAGAGUUGGAUCACUCAGUACAGUGUGGAAUGCCUCAGCGAGAACCUCUGCUAAUCCCAAGGCCUGUGGAUGGAAAAAUUUUACCUGCUCGACCUCCCCCACCUAAAACUGUUCCUGGAAGACCACCUCCACCAAAAUUCCCCACAGCCAAGACCUCCUCCCAGAAGGAUGUUCUUUCUCGAUCUAGUUCUGACAUCGCUGCUGAUAAAAAAGCCAGCAAGUUCAGACUGGGACCCAAGAGAGCAAAAAGUGCAAUCUUUAAAAGUCCGCAUCCAGCAUUACCUCCUCGACCUAAACCAGGGCAUCCUCUCUACAAUAAAUACCUGCUACCUGUGCCUCAUGGAGUUGCCAAGGAAGAUUGUCUUCCCAGGAGCACUGGAGAACUGUCCUGUAAGGAUUCAAACCACCCUCCAAAAGUUUCUGACACAAGUGCACCUCAUGCUGUAGUCCUGCAUGACUUUCCCGCAGAGCAUGCUGAUGACUUGGACCUUCAUUCUGGAGACACUGUUUGUCUUUUGGAGAAAAUAGAUACCGAAUGGUAUAGAGGAAAAUAUGGGAAUCGCACAGGGAUAUUUCCUGCCAACUUUGUUAAAGUGGUUAUUGAUGUUCCAGAAGAAGCCAACAAGAAAAAAAUAGCUUCUUCAUCACAAUGUAUCAAAGGUCCAAGAUGUGUAGCACGAUUUGAAUACAUUGGCGAUCAGAAAGAUGAGCUCAGUUUUUCAGAAGGUGAAAUGAUUCUCCUGAAAGAAUAUGUAAAUGAAGAGUGGGCCAAAGGAGAGCUCAGAAGCACAUCUGGAAUUUUCCCCUUGAACUUUGUGGAAGUAAUUGAAGAUCUGCCUGGAACAGGUACAGAAACAACACUGAAGAAUAAAGUGGAGGUUUCAUCUUCCCUUUCUCAGAACAACAGAUGUUCAGUAGAGUGGUGUGAAGCACUUCAUGAUUUUACAGCAGAAACCAAAGAUGAUUUAUCCUUCAAAAAGGGAGACUACAUCCAAAUUCUGGAGCAAGUAGAUUUGGAGUGGUAUAGAGGACGACUGAAUGGAAAGGAAGGGAUUUUCCCAGCAGUUUUUGUUCAGACCUGCUCAGCCAGGGUAGAGCUGUCACAGCCUGGAAGAGGGAAGAAAGGAAAAGCCAAAGCUCUUUAUGCUUUUCAUGGAGAAAAUGAAGAUGAGCUUUCCUUCAAAGCAGGUGACAUGAUAACAGAGCUGGAAUCUGUAGACAAGGACUGGAUGAGUGGAGAGAUACUAGGAAAAUCUGGGAUAUUUCCCAAGAACUUUGUUCAGAUCUUGAAAACACCAUGAAGUGUUGCCUUUGUACUACUCCCAUCAUGUGGGAGAGAAUGUUUUCUACCCUAAAGGCACAGCAAAGAAAUGGAAUGUUGAUUAUCAGUGUUUUGCACUACUUUUUCUAGAGAGUCAUGGUAGUAUCUUGAAGUCAGAUAAGACAAUUUGAGUCUUUUAUGACAGUGUAGCCAUGUUUCACGAAUGCUCGGAGAGCAAAACAAGCAGGUUUUUUAGCAUUUCCAACUUGGGAAAUACUGUGGUGCAACACCAUUUUAACUUACAUAGCAUUCUAGUACGUUUACUCUCUGGUACUACAUUUAUCAUACACAAAGAUGCAUGAUAAAUAACAUGCAUAACAUAAGCUGCUUUGGCCUUCCUUGAACUUCUUAAGAUCCAAACUUUAAAAAAUGUUUUAUUACAUAAUUACAGCACUCAGUAUGUAGAUGAAGUUUGAUAUUCAGGUUUCAUUACUACUUGAGUUCCACAUUAGUAGUAGAAUCCACUUGUUUUAUGACUUAGAGGAUAAGAAAAAUAACUGGUACUUCAUAGUAGAAAGUAUCAAAUCUAAUACUAGUAAGAGGGGAAAUGGAGAUAUCCUUGUGUAGUAUCCUAUUCUUAGCCCAAAUUGCUCAUACAGCAAGAUCACAGAAGUAAAAUUUUUAUGCAUUUUGCCUCUUAAUGAACUCUGUUUAAAUUGGUAUGAAUCAUCUUAGACCUUCCUCUCUUUCCCCAAAAUACUUUGCAAGUACAGGUUUAGUUUUUCCUGCUGCCCACUGUUCUUUGAGGACCAUCAUACCCUUCUUUCCUAACUGAAGUUAGUGACACUGUUUAAUUGAGCUUUCUCAGAUCCCAGCCAUGGAGUAGCUGUAUUAUUCCAACUAUUUGCCCCUCCACUCCCCUCAUGGAAGUGGAAAGCCCAGUGUUCACUCAGUCUACAUUUUGUCACUCAAGCACUGGAACAUAUCCUUAACAUGAAGUGUAUUACACAGCCUUAGGUUUAGUUUUUAGCAGACGUGUUAUUAGUUUCCAGUUUGUUGCCACAUACCAAAUAUACUGAGCAUCCCUAUAAAUGGUGUGUCAAGGCCCUAAGGAAAACAUGCCUGGCAAGAUGUUGCUCCAAGCAACUCUAACCAAGGACUUGGUAAAAAGCAGCAGUGUAGCUUGACUGACCAAGAUGGACGUGAUUGAGGUACUUCCACAUUAUAGGAAUUUAUAGUAGUCAAUUCCUAUUUGUAACACUUGGCUUCUGACAAAACAAUAGAAUCCUGAUUAACUGCUAGUUCCAUCAGACUGGAAUAGAAGAAAUUAUGCUGCAGUUCGUUCUUUCACUACUGCCAGUAUUCCAUCCUUGCAUCGCAAAAAGGAACCAGUAGGCUGAUGAGUCACUACUCCAGAGAGCUGCAGGUCACUGGAUAUCAGGGUACCUUCAACAAGACUUUUCUUCAUGGGCUUGGCAGUUCAGGUUGCAGAAGGGCCAACAGUUGGAGGUGGAUGGAGACUGAAAAGCAGAAUCAUCAUGAUGAACCUUGAGAUAGUUUUGUCUUAGUCAUCUCCCUGCUGACAACUUCACUGGUAUGAGCUCUGAACACCACAGCAACAACUGCCUGCUGCUGUGAUAGACUGGGGUGCAUCUGAACUGGGGCCUAAGCAGGCUGCAGUGUCACCCUACCCUCCUGUGCUCUGGUUACCAUCACAGCAGGCAGGAAUAGGCAUAGCCAGAACUGCAGGCCUCCCCACAGCAAGGCAUGGGCAUCCAGUCCCUGUGAGAGACUGGACCUCACCUGAAGCAAGCCUGAGGGACCAUUAACUCAGCAGUCACUACUAAGCCACAGAACUUGCUAAGACAGACACAACCCUCCCGCACUUUGUGUUCUGUUGUGUUCACACACAAUACUGUUCACACAGUUGGGGAGGGGUGGUGAAGACCACACAACAUUUUAAUGAGCUGAGCAACUGGACUUCUUCCAUUAAGGAUUAACAUGAUAAAGAAAAUGCUGAAUUACAUGCAGUUCUGGAAGGUUGGAAACACAAUGGGUACAGCUGUUACUCAGUUUUAGCAGCCCCAGCAAGCUUGUCCAGAACUCCUGUGGGAUCACAUGGAACUCCACAGCCAAGGACAAUUCUUCCCACUCUAAGUUUUCCUGUUAAGAGAUUGUAAAGGUUCUUGUUGAUUCCAAAAAAAACAGUCAUCUCCUGGAGAAAUCCAAGGAAUAGCCAGGUACUUCAAAAACAUACCACAGUAACGUGGUGGUAGAUGAGGCUGAAGUGUAUGAUGUUUACUUACUGUUUGGCAGUUUUCUAAUGAUUUGAUACAAGUCUCAAAAGUAGAACAGAUUUUUUUUUUCAAUCUCCUCCUUCCCAUUUUUACAACUGUAUCUUGACCAGUUGUUUUUGUUACUUCACUGAAUGUUUAGUCAGUUCUGUUUAUUGACAAGAUCACUCUGCUGUAUGCGAUCUCCUCCCUGUGGGGCAGGGCAGUAGCUGCAGCAAGGCCUUUUACUAAGAGCACCGAGUGCUAAGGACUGUUCGCAUGGCUGCAGGUAGCUGAAACGAAUGCUGACAUGAGGGAGAUGCUCGGCUUUUAUAGGGCAGGAUUUUCCUAAGACAAUGCCCAACACCAUCAUGACACCGCAUACAGAUCACAACAUAAAAUUCCUAAGGUGUACCAAGAAUGAGGUGGAGUGCAAAUCUUUAACUGCAGUGUAGUAGCAAAUUUCAGCUGUAACCUUGAAAUCCAGGCUAGAUCUCCAUGCUUUAGAAUGAAAGUCUCACCAAAAUAUUGUUUGACCCAUUUUCUGGCAAUAUCUUCAGGAAAAUGUCUUUGUUCUGUGUACAAUGAGUGUCCUAAAUAACCCUUUGUUAACCCAGUAAAUUUGUUAUGGUACCUCUGUAAAUUAAGAAUGUAUUUAACCAAUAAAAUUUUUGCAAUUAA